AUAAUAUUUUGGUAUUAAAGACGAAUUGUAUUUAGAAAAUGAUUUACACGAAAUUCUUUGAAAGGUUUGCGAUUUUGAUUUUCUAAAAUUUAAAAUGAUAUACAUGAUUAAAAUAGCUUUCAAGAAACGUCUUUUGGCAGUAUUAAACGUUGAAAAAUACAUUUCAGUGAUUUAAAUCGUUUACUCUAAUUUAAGUCACAAUACUUACUAAGAUUUGAGUUUUAUGAAUAUAUUUCAUAAUAACUAACGUCAAUGGAGUGAAUGGUGACUCAACAAAUGAGCCGACAACCUAACCCGAGAAUGGUUAACCACAGAACACUGCUUACGUAAGUUCUAGUUGUUCCUAGCAACCUAAAUGGACUUCAGCCCAAUUAGUUUGAUGUAUGAAUUUCAAGCAGUGGCAGCAAAGAAUCCACUUCUUUCUGACUACUCUGAAACUGGCUAGGUAUCUUACUGAAGUCAAACCAGUGCUACAUGCGACAGUACUGAUCUAAGGGUGUUAUAUGCGAUAACACUGAUCUAAGGGAAAUAGCUAGCUUUGACGUAUGGAACUGUGGUGACUUUCUAUGCAAAGGUUAUAUCAAAAAUUCUUUGGUGGACCAAUUUUUCAAUGUAUACAAUAAAGUCGAAACAUCCAAACAUCUAUAAGAUGCUUUGGAAAAAAAAAAAUCAAAAUUUACAAUGUAGAUUCAGAAAAAUUUGCUACAACAAAAUUUCUUAAUUUUGUGAAGGUGGACUCAAGACCUAUCAUGGAUCAAAUGCAUGAACAACAAUUGAUCUUUCAAGAUAUCACAUAUGAAGUUAUGAAUCUCUGCGAAAUGUUCACUGUGAAUUGCUUCAUUGAUAAGCUUCUUUCAAACUGGAAAGACUUCAAAAAUUAUCUUAUUUACAAAUAAAACUUUUUUGAUUUUGGCAAACCUGUUUACCCAACUUCAGAAUGAGUCACUAAAACAUGAUAAAAUACUAAAACAUGAUAAAAUAGAUCAUUUUGUACUCAUGAUGCUAAUGUUACUAAAUACAUGAAUAAAGGUAAAUAAAAGAAAAGAUUUCAAAAUUUUGGUUUGAAGAUUGCUUAACAAGCACUUAAGAGCUUCAAGAAACAAAGUUCAACCUCCCAUAAAAAAUAAGCUAGGUGGUGUGACAAUUUUGGUAACCUCCCAUAAACAUCAUAUGCUUUGGUAAGUUUCUAAGUUCCACCAAAAUCUCUAGUCUUUCUAAAGUAAGUUUCGAGAGCAUAGCGCAGAUGUUACAUUCGCAUAUUUUGUUUCGGGUGAUGUAAACAGUCUCACAUACGAACGAUUUAUUAAGUUAAAAAAAUAUAUCAAAUUUUGACUACAUAUAUUCGUCUAUUUUCUUAAUGGUUUUCGAACGUUUCAAUGCCUUAUAUUAUUGUUUCCAACUUGUUUAUUUUGUAAUUUUUCAUUUGGAUUCUCGCGUCCUAACAAAACAAAAAUAAACCAAACAAAAGAUAAUUUGGGUGACUAAAGUCAGUUUACAACUUUACAAAGACAAUGUGUCCAUAAAUGAUAAAUGACCAUAUAUCGUGGAUUCUUGAGACCUUCAAUGAAACAGAACAAAAUAGUAUUAAAUGCCUUCAUAUCUUCUUUGAAAACUCUUUGUGCACUUUCUCUUCAUAUUAUUGUUGGUUUGUUCUUCUCAUUCACUCUCUAUAGACCAUCUCCCUCCCUACCUCUCUGACUGUAUACACUUUCUCAGAAGAUUGAUCGAUGGCCAAGGGAAGCGGCACUGCACCAUGCUCGGCUCGUGCUAUAGUAGCUUUGAUGGUUGUCUCAGUGUUGGUGCUUCAGUCUUAUUACGUUGAAGCUUCGACUUACAUUGUUGGUGAUUCUUUGAAAUGGGCCUUUAAUGCUGUGGACUGGCCUAAAGGCAAACAUUUUAAUGCCGGUGACGUUCUCGUGUUUAACUAUAAUCCGAGUUUUCACAACGUGGUCGUGGUGGAUAGUGGAGGGUACAACAGUUGCAAAACUCCGGCAGGUGCGACAACAUACACUUCAGGCAAAGAUCAUCUAACUUUGUCUAAAGGACAAAACUUCUUCAUCUGCAAUUUUCCAGGCCACUGUGAAGGCAAUAUGAAAAUUGCAGUCACUGCCGUUUGAUUUUCGUCAUGCAUUCAAGAUAGUACUAUGAUCUUCACUUUGUCUAUGUUCUUAAGAAAAUAUAUUAAGCAUCCAAUAAAUUUUGCAUCAUUAAUUAGUUACCCUGUUUUUAUCUUUGUUCUGAUAAGUAUCUGGUUCAAUAUCCGCAGAAGAUAGAUAUAGCUUGAUAAUUUGGAGGAUCCUUCGUUACUUAUGUAGAUUUUAAAAUAGAAAAGCAGAAAUCAUAAACGUGAUAUAAAUUAGAACUUCAUUAAUGGACUUUGUGAUAACGUAAUUGCUGUAGUACACUGGCCAUCAAUUGAACAUGUUAGUGUAUUAAUAUUUGAAGUUUUUGUAUUAGAAAUUUUCGGCAAAAUUUUAAAAUAGAAAUUCUAGCUGUAAAUCUAUUCUGAAUACAGUUUAUAUGAAAAAUAUGCCUGCGACAGUCUGCAACUAAUGAUAUUGUCUUAUACUAUGAUUAUAAUCAGACAAUAAUGUGACAGAUUAAACAAACAAAAGAAAUGUUAUAACACUGAGGAACAAAUCUAUUAGCUUUGGGACGCCCUCUGCAUAUUGAAUGAGUACGACCACACAUUAAAUAUAUAACAACUACUUAGAUUCCACAAUUUAAAAUUUAUUUCAUGUAAGAAGAAAUUAAAAUGUUUAAACUAACUGGUUGAAACAUUACUAAUAUAAAAAACCACAAUCCAGACUUCUUUAGAAAUUGAUCUAAGCUAUCAUUCUUUUUUUUUGUGCAAACAAGCUAUCAUUCAUAUCCAACAAAACAAAAGAAUGUUGUUCAAAUUAGAAACUAGUCAAGCUAGGCUGUUAUAUGCCAUGUUGACCUAUAUCGGUGAAGUUAACCUACAUUGGAUUCCAAAGUAUAGCUAGGUGAGUCUAUAUAAAAACAAGAGUUUGGUUGUGAGAAUUUGCUUUGAUGUCUGACACAUUCUCACCAAAACUGAGGCAGUCUUCUCCAUUUUCCUUGAUCAUUAUGCUUUUCUUUGCAAAUAUUAUAUGAUUAUGAGAAAUAGUUCAAAAAAGAUAAAGUAUAUUAUAUGAUUAUACUAUGGAACCCUUAUACUAUAUAUGUAUCAUUUGUUUUUGUUGUUUAAGAAAUGCUUCCUUUUGUUCUUACGUUGCGUUUUAUAUUUACGUAGACAUGCGUCUAUACAUACACAAAUAAAUUUCAUUAUUAUUGUCAUUUUUAGUCUGGUUUCACUAAACCAAAUUGAUCAUAUCUAGCAAUUUUUUGUACAUAUAUUAUAUAUAUCAUAUCCAAAAUAUACAGUUUAUCUGUAUAAUCCGUAAGGAGUUGAACCAUAAACUUAUGUAUACAUUAUAUGUGAGAUUGAUGAAGUCUUAUAGAUCAACUUGCCACUAUUUAAUUAAGUGGUGGUGACAUUGAAUCAGCUAAAAGUUCGAAAUAAUUUGUUACAUCUAGCUCUAUAAAAUAUAGUAAAUGAAAUAUUCAAUAUAUAGUUAUAUUCACUCAAAUUAAAGUCGGGUGUUUAAAAUUUGAAUGACCUCUUAACUAUAAAACUUACCACUGUUUCAUUCACGUAAUGCCGCGAUUAAACAUUGGUGGGUGAAUACAUAUACGAGUGAUGUAUAUAUACUAAUAAACGCACACACGGUGUGUACAUAAGAGAGUGUAUGGGCGGUAGAAUCUUGGAAACAAAAAAAUGAUUGGAGGAUUGAUUUAACAUAAAGAGAAAAGGGCCUCUCAGCUGUUGAUAAAGACGCAAUAUUUGCAGAAUUAUCAUAGGUUAAAGCUUUAAGCCACAUGCAUGGCCACAUUGUGUAUACAUUUACAUGUUUUAUCACACAUUUACAUGAUUUAUUACAUGUGCCCUGUUUAUAAAUACAUGUAUGUCGUGUCUAUAUACAUAUCCAUUCGUUUUAUGUACAUUACAUAUUCGUACGUAAAGUUAAGUAGUUAACUACUUUUAUUUGGAUAGUUAACAGUAUGACUCUUUGGGCAAAUGGUUUAUGUUUAAGAAACAAAAAGCUGUUUUGGUCAAAUGGUCAAACUGACAAGUGACAACUAACCUUAAACUAUGCACUUGUGUCAUAUAAAUAUAUCCUGGUCUUUUCUGUCUUUCUUAAUUACAUGUUAUUUCAAAAUAUAAAAAUAUCCCAAAAAUUAAUACUAGUAUAGUAUGAAAGAAACUUCACACCCUCCAAGAAGUAUAGUUAAUUAACAACAAAAGAUUAUUCAUUAAACUAAUUGAUGGUGUUUUAGUGGCCUCCAUCAUUUAUUAAGUUUCAUUAGACAUGUUCUUAUUGAUGAAUGCAAAUUCAGGUGACAGCUGUUGGCUGUUGCAGCUUGGAUUGUCCAAAACAUCUACCAGUUUCAUUUAUUUUGUAUACUUACAUAUAUAACACUCCUCACUUAGUCACUUAGAUCAUAGUUUUGAUAAAUAGUUGAAUCUGAAAUUAUGAUGAUUUAGGCCCAAUUAACGAAACUUUAGUUAAGCAAGCUAAGAUUAAGAUUAAGAUAGGCAUCGGAUUCCUAGAAAGCUUGUGGGCAUAGGGAGAGCGUGCAUGAGGUAAUAUAUGUUAAAAGUCAUAUAAGUAAAAGAACAGAAAAUAGACGAAAAAAAAGAAAGAAAGAAAAACAAAAGGUUAGGGUUUUAGAAAAGUCGGUUCAAGUUUCUAAAGUGAGGUGCCCACACGGUUGUAGGAAUCCCAAGCAAUUCAGCAUCUAUAAAUCAUUUUUUACAUUGCUAAUAUUGAUUUUAAUUACUUUCUUUGCACACGUGGGACAGAUGAAUGUGUUUUUUUUAUUUCCAGUGUUGUCUUUAUUUUAUUUCCUGUUAACUUUGUAUGAUGAAUGGGUUUCGGGAAAACAAAAAAGACAAACUCAUGAUGAUAAGGGAGCGGCCUAAUACCCAAAAUUAAGAGCAUAACCUUAUGCAGUAGACAAAAGUGUAUAUAAAACUCUUCUUAAUAUUUUGGUCAAAAGAUAUCAAAUUAAAAGAAAGUACGAUCGAAAAAUUCUCUUUAGUAAUUUCUUUUUGUUGACGAAAAAUAUCCCUUAGUAAUUGACUAAUUUCUUCUAGGGAACGUUUCUGCUUUAACAUUAAAUCUACCCAUAAGCAUCCUUUUAAACUGUCUACAUAUCAAUAACAAUAUAACUCUUUAUAUGUAUUCAUUUAUUCCACUCAAAUUAUGUAUGAGGUACUUCUAUAAUGGAUGUAAAUACAAGUGUUCGGUUUUACAAAUUUCCUAGAACCAUGAUAUUUAAGUGUCAGUCUUGUAUCUGUGACAACAAUACCUAUCUUCCUUUGGAAUGCUCUACAAGAGGCACUCCCAGUAGGUGAACAAUUUGCAAUCAGGAACAUACCUCUUUCAAACCGAUGUGCUCGAUGCAAUGAGGUGGAAUCAGUGACACAUCUGCUCUUCACUUGCACUUUUUCGAGAGAGGUUUGGGCAAGAGCCCCGCUUGCUGAAAUAGUGGAUGUGGAGCGCAUCACAAGCACUAGUGCGGGACUUGAUCAGAUAAGAAGAAUCCCAUCUCUUCCACCGGUGGGACUGGGACCAGGAACGCUGACUGCUUCGAUCUGCUGGAAUCUAUGGAUAUCACGAAACCAAUUGACCUUCCAACAGAGAAAAUUCACACCAGAGGAGACUCUAAAAAAAGCGACCUGUGAAGCUCGAGAAUGGACGCUUGCUCAAACUCCACCGCUAACUCCGAGCCAGAGACCUCCUAGCAUCAACCAGGAUCCUCCUCUAAGUACCUCAACAACGCGCAUGUACACAGAUGCUGCUUGGAACGCCUCAACGGGCUUUGCGGGACUUGGAUGGAUCAUCGAUGAUACGGGAUCGUCAUCAUCAUACUCAGCGACUGCAACCUUUGUAAAGUCGCCCCUCUUUGCGGAAACCUUGGCUUUGCGAAAAGCUAUGACCUCUGCUAUUGAUAAAGGGAUUAACUCUCUCCUGAUUCUCUCGGAUUCUCAGUCUCUCAUCAAGCUUCUGAAUUCAAAGGGAAGGAAUCUUGAGAUCGCAGGACUCCUCAACGACAUUUAUCUCCUAUCUACUUCCUUUAAUGCUAUCCAGUUUAAGUUUAUUCCUAGAGCAAACAAUGAUAGGGCAGACUCUGUUGCCAAACAAGCUCUAGCUGUAAUGUUUUAAAUGUUUAAGUUUUAAUGAGUGCAGUUUCACAAAAAAAAAAAAAAAAAGAACACAUUUUUAAGAAAUUGAAAUUUUAUAAAUCAACCCAAACACAUUACCAUAUGCUUUGAUUUAAUCCAUGAUUAUUAUGUCAAAAUUAAAUAAUACCUACUGAACAAUAAGUCCUAGUAUAUAGUGAUGAAUGAGCUAUGAUCAUCAUUAUUUAGCCACCGUAUUAUGAAAGUUUUUGAACUUCUUAUAAAGUUCUUUUGGUAAAAAAUUCUUAGAAAAAACAAAUUCUUAGAAAAUAUCACGUUUAGUUGAUAACCAGAAUAAGACAUGCGUCUUGCGCAUGGUGAAUUUAUUUUUAUAUAUUAUCGAAUUUUUUUAAAUAUAUUUUAUCAUUUUCAUACAUAUACAAAUUUUUUGUUAUUAUUAUAUAAUUUCUUUCCGAUUGACCGGAUCAAUAUUUAUUAAAAAUUGCAGAACUAAACUAUAUCAUGGGUUGAUCGGAUUGAACAUUAAACAAAUUCUGACACAAAAACCUUAUUUUUUUUCACCGAACACAUUCUUGAAAAAAAAUGAACAGUACUGCUUCCACAGUUGAAUUAUUUUGACAUUUAUCUUCCAUAUGGUUUUGAAAGGUUUCAAAUCAACCAUCAAAUUGAUACAUAUCAUUUUAAUGCUUUUAGUCGUAUGCUUAAGGAAAAUUUACAAUUUUGGUAAUUUAAAGUCGUUUUAAUUUUUUUAAAUAUAACAUAUAAGAAAAAAUAUAACAUAUAAGGUUUCCUCAUUUUUAUGAUUUAAAGUCGUUUUGAAAAAUUUAAAAUAUAACAUAUAAGGUUUCUUCAUUUUUGUAAUUUAAAGUCAUUUU